AUGCAGGGUUUCAACAUGGGACGCUACGUCCCGCCCGACGUCGAGGGCACGACGUCAGGCAACAAGCUCCACGGCAAACACGCCCUCGGCGCGCGCGCCUCCAAGCUGUCCUCCGGCAUCCUCACCGUCCGCUUCGAGAUGCCCUACGCCAUCUGGUGCUCCACCUGCCCGAAGCCCACAAUCAUCGGCCAGGGCGUGCGCUUCAACGCCGAGAAGAAGCGGGUCGGCAGCUACUACUCGACGCCGAUAUGGCAGUUCCGCAUGCGCCACGCCGACUGCGGCGGCGCCAUCGAGAUCAAGACCGACCCGAAGAGCACGGCGUACGUGGUCGUGUCCGGCGCGAAGAAGCGGGACGUGGGCGAGGACGACACCGCGGCCGGCGCGGUGCCGAGGGAGGGCGCGAUGGUGAUUAUGACGGACGAGGAGAGGCAGAAGCUGCGGAGCAACGCGUUUGCGAGCUUGGAGAAGACGAUCGAGGACAGACAAUUGCUCGCGCAGGCGACGGAGAGGAUCGACGAGCUGGAGGACGUUUCGAAGCGGCAGUGGGACGACCCGUACUCCCGCAACAAGGCCCUGAGGCAAUCGUUUCGGGUUGGGAGAAAGGAGCGCGAGAAGGAAGCUGCGGUGGGCGAGGCGCUCAAGGAUAAAAUGAGUCUGGGCAUCGAUCUCGUGCCCGGGACGGAAGAAGAUGCGCAACGGGCGGCACUGGUGGACUUCGCACCCGACGAUGAUGUCACAAGAGUCGGCAAAGCAUUGGCGAAGCCCUUGUUUCGCUCUGCGGGCAGCUCCAGGAAAGCUCAGGCCGAAGCUCCAAAGGGCACGCCAAAAGCGGAGCUGUUGGCGUCAAAGAGAAGGCAUCAUAUUGUGUCGGAGAUUGUAGGCAAUACACGCAUGUCGCAAGACCCAUUCCUGCUAGAUGCGCGGACGGAGCGGACACCACCGAGAAUACCCGGUCUGAAGAGGAAACGGGACGCAAAAGCUGAGGAUCCAAAGACGAUUGAAGACGGGCCGAAGUUUCUGCCUUCCAAAGCUCUAGUGGGCUACGAUUCAGACUCAGGAUGA